CUUACGAAAAUCUCGUCAGUUUCGUCAAUAAUGGUUGUCAUGGAAAUGAGCGAAGCGGGCAAAAGGAAAAGAGCAAAAUAAUGGCGGCUGCUAGCUCGCCAAGACCGAUACCUCUCUUACGCAGGCCUUUACCACCUAAAAAAUCACAACCACCGCCCUCUCUGCGCUCCAGAUCAGAAGAUAAAUCCUCGACGGAGGAGAGAGAUCACAAAGUGUGGUCAAAAUCACCCGAGGUGUCAAGCACAAAGCGACUUGUUAAGUCAAAAGUCGCAGAUUUAGCGGGCAGAGAAGUGAGAUUUCAUGGCGAUGUACCUCUGCCGAUCGCGUCUUUAGUGAAGCCUUUUAGGACAAAAGGACCCGAUCCUCUCCCUCUUCGACCUCCAAGAAAACUAAGAGAACUGCCUUUGGAAGCUUUUGUGAAAGACUCGUAUUCGAGACCACCUCCUGAAUUUACUCUGAGGGACUUCUUGAAAAGACUACCAUCCCGCUCUGCAGUCAAUGAAGAUGGAGAACCAAUGAUUUCUGAUCAAAACUACGAGAAAUUGACAAGCUGGUUUGCUGCCAACAGACCUCAUCAGUCUUCCAUUCAUAAUCUCGAUAUAGACAGUGUUAUUGAUGUACCAGAUGUUACUCCAAGAGUUCCAGCGAGACAGUUGUUUAUAGCAUGGGUUUUUCCUCCAGAGAUUCUGCAGCUGGUCAACUUGGUUUCACUAAAACUAAGGAACAAUCCUAUAAAAGAAAUUCCCCAUGGUAUAAAAAAGCUGAAGAGGCUCAUUGUGUUUGAAAUACCCUUCAACCUCCUUACAUCUUUACCAUCAAGUCUCUUCCAGCUGAAACAUCUUGAGCUUCUGGACCUGGCCUACAACCUGCUCUCAUUUAUUCCUUCAGACAUUGGAAACCUAAGUUCUCUAAGGGAAUUGAAUCUGGAAGGAAAUCAACUUGGAGCCUUGCCAGUAGGAGCACUGCAUCUGAACUUGAAGUAUGUCAGAAUACAGAAUAACUUCACACAUCCACUAAUGUGGCGAGAGACAGCUAAAAAUCAGCCUCAGCGGCUCGGAGACUUGGCUGCUUUAGCUGUGUUUGGACAAGGACUACAUAUUAAGAAACGCGAUUUA